UCUCUUCAAAUCGGUGAGCAGAUUUUUCUGCGUUAGCUAUGGAUUUGAAGGAAUAUAAGCCCUUGAAUGUCGGUCUCCUCAUUGUCGCAACAAUAAUCAUUGCAAAGCUUCUUUCUGCCCUUCUGAUACCUCGAUCCCGAAAACGACUUCCCCCAACUGUAAAGGCAUGGCCAUUGUUUGGUGGACUUGCUCGUUUCAUGAAAGGCCCCAUUGUGAUGCUCAAGGAAGAGUAUCCAAAACUUGGAAGUGUAUUCACUGUGAAUCUUUUGAACAAGAAAAUCACUUUCCUCAUUGGACCUGAAGUAUCCGCUCAUUUCUUCAAGGCUUCCGAGUCCGAUCUUAGCCAGCAAGAGGUCUACCAAUUCAAUGUGCCCACUUUUGGUCCAGGUGUUGUGUUCGAUGUUGAUUAUUCAGUGCGACAGGAACAGUUCCGCUUCUUCACGGAAUCUCUGAGGGUGACGAAAUUGAAGGGCUAUGUGGAUCAAAUGGUUGUCGAAGCUGAGGACUACUUUUCAAAGUGGGGAGACAGUGGUGAGGUGGACCUUAAAUAUGAACUGGAGCAUCUAAUUAUCUUGACAGCGAGUAGAUGCCUUCUGGGUCGUGAAGUUCGUGAUAAACUCUUUGAUGAUGUGUCUGCACUCUUCCACGACCUUGACAAUGGUAUGCUCCCAAUCAGUGUCAUGUUCCCAUACCUACCCAUUCCAGCUCACCGCCGCCGUGAUCGUGCCCGUAAGAAGCUUGCGGAGAUCUUCACAAAGAUCAUAUGUUCUAGGAAAAAUGCUGGCAAAUCGGAGAAUGAUAUGCUGCAAUGCUUCAUUGAUUCAAAGUACAAAGACGGACGCCCAACAACAGAGAGUGAGGUCACUGGUCUGCUCAUUGCUGCCCUUUUUGCUGGACAGCACACCAGUUCCAUCACUUCUACCUGGACUGGGGCUUAUCUCUUAUGUCAUGACAAGUACCUCUCCGCCGUGUUGGAUGAACAGAGGAGACUGAUGAAGCAGCAUGGGAACAAGGUUGAUCAUGACAUCCUGUCUGAGAUGGAUGUCCUGUACAGGUGCAUCAAGGAAGCCCUGAGGCUGCAUCCUCCUCUGAUACUGCUGCUGCGUAGCUCUCACACCGACUUCAGUGUGACGACCCGGGAGGGAAAAGAAUACGACAUACCGAAGGGAAACAUUGUUGCCACAUCACCAGCUUUUUCCAAUCGGCUGCCACAUAUAUAUAAGGAUCCAGAAAGGUAUGACCCGGACAGAUUUGCUGCAGGAAGGGAAGAGGACAAGGCAGUGGGGCCAUUCUCAUACAUCUCAUUUGGGGGUGGGAGACAUGGGUGUCUUGGAGAGCCAUUUGCAUAUCUGCAGAUAAAGGCAAUAUGGAGCCAUUUACUUAGAAAUUUUGAGUUGGAGUUAGUCUCCCCUUUCCCAGAAAUUGAUUGGAAUGCCAUGGUUGUGGGUGUGAAGGGGAAGGUGAUAGUGCGGUACAAGCGUCGACAACUUUCUGUUGACUAACUAACUAUCACAGAGCAAGUUGUCAGCAAAUUUUUCUACUUCUAUGACCUAGUUCAUGUGAUUGUGUUUGCUGAUUCUUAUUCUUCAAUCCUCAUUGCUGUCC